CUUGAAAUGCGACCUCGCGCUCAAACAUCUCGUUUAGACCUUCCGCGCCUCCGCAAACUCGAGAUCAAGCAUCAAGACGACAUCGGAGAGGACGGGCGCAUCCAAGAAUUCCGGGACGCACUGUUUGCCUCACUGACGAUUCCAAGCUCAUGCGCAGUCGAAUUCGGCUUCAUGCUCCCUCAAGAUGUGCUCCCCUCCGUGAGGCACCUUCCGCACAUCCGUACCGCUACGCGCCUGAGCAUCGGCCUUCUCGUCAGCCAUCACGUCAACCUUCAAUUCUCGACCGAGGAUGCCUCCCUCAGCGUGUCUCUUGCGGUAGAGUCGCCGCGCCUUCCACGCCAUGAAGGGAUAGCGCUUACCUUGCGCGCUGCCCUCCCUGCACCAGAAUUCGCGUCGGUCCGCAAGCUCUCGAUCGACGGCAUGUUUCUGUACAUGCUCUGUGGCCCGCGCCCCCACUCCAUCCUCUGCGCGUUCCCGCGUCUCGCCCUGCUGCGGGUUGCACCCAAGGGCGGGCUAUCCGAUUGCUUGGACCGGGUCUCGCAGAACCUAGAUCUUAUGCUCGAGGCGCUACAAGUCAGUUCCGAUGGAGAGCAAUCGGCCGCAGCCGUGGUGCCGGUAACGUGUCCAAAUCUCGUUCGGCUGUGGAUCGACUGGCCCCGCGUGCGCGAGGACGACAGCCACAAAGUGGUGUACGACAGGCCUCCGUCGGCCGUCAUGGACGGUCUCCGGGAGCUAGUCAGUGCGCGGGCCGCGCGAGGGCACCCGCUCGAACGGGUGUUCAUCACGCAUCCGCGGGUGUGGCCCACGACGGGGGCAGUGUCGUACACCGUGGACGAAUACGACGGCGCGGCCGCCCGUAUUCUCGAUUCCACGGAACUGGGGAGGCUCGACUAUAUGGGUACGGAGCUGCUCGAAGAGGAGUUUGAAAGAGAGUGGGCUCGGAUCGAAGAUGGAGAGACCACCGUAAGACGUGACAUCCCUGCUAUCGAGCGGUAA